AUGGCCAGUGGCGGUGGUGGCGUCGGUCGCGGCCGCGGCCGCGGGGCGGGUGGUGGAGCUCAGCUCCCAACCCUCGGCGCGGGAAUCGCCGCGAGAGAGUGCGAAUCCUGCCGUGCCACGCCCGGCAUCCCCUUCUGCCGCGUCGAGUGGUCUUUCCUCUGCGCCGGCUGCGCCUCCGUCGUCCACGGCCAGAGCUGGAUCGUCGCUGUUCCCCCUACCGGAACCACCUUUGGCUCCAAUCUUAGCCCUGUUUCUGGCGCUUACGCUGCUCCUUAUGCGUAUCAGCACCCUUUCCCUCCUAAUCCUAGCCCUAAUCCUAGUGCUGCCGCUCCUCUCCCUAACCCUCCGCCCAAUUCUAAUCCCAACCCUAAUCCUAACCCCAGCCCUACACCGAGUUCGAACCCCAACCACAUUGUGCAGCUGUCGUCGGACGAGGGUGAACAGUCCGCUGGAGAUCCAGGCGACGACGACGAUGGUAUCGGAGGCAGGAAACGGCGUCGGCCUUCAUCAGAAGGGGAGAGCGCGGGGCGUGAGGCCAGCGUGAUGAGGUACAAGGAAAAGCGGAAAAACCGGAACUUUGAUAAGACGAUCCGAUACGAGUCGAGGAGGGCUCAUGCCGAAAUGAAGCCAAGGGUCGGCGGGAAAUUUGUAAAAUCUGCGGAUGAUGUCUCCGGCGAGGUUGACGAUGGUGCCAGCGCAGAACAGGAGGGCGUUGCUGUCGGAGGAGAGCUUGAUAGAGGCGGUGAUGCGAUCGUAAGGGACUCUAGUGAGGAGGCGAGGACCAACACAGUUACAGAGUUGGGUGAUCCCAUCAAACUGUUGAAACCUUUAGAUCCAGGAGAAAUGGUGAGCACAAGUCUGAGCUUUGAGGUGGAGCAAUUUGGAGGAGUGGAAAUCGAUGCUGCUGAGGAAGUUGGCCUCUUGUGA